CAACAGUAUUUUUGUUUCCCGGCACAGCCGACCGUGUGUUACACGUAUUUUUGCCCGACGUCGGCGAGCACUUACAGUUCCAGUGUGGAACAGGCAGAUCAACAAUAGCGAGCGGUGUUUUAAGCGACAUGCGGCGUUUAUGUGUGUAUUUUGGAUAAUAUUCCCACUACUGACUCUGCAUCUGUCCGGAAAGAAACCAUGGAGAAAAAUAUCACCGCAGAACACUUCAACACACUGGAUACGUUUUCGCCAAACCCGAACGCACAGGCGACGACUGCACUUGCUCCCUCCUUGGUAAAAUCGGCUGAGGACUCCACGCACGAUCAAGAUGACCCUCAGGAUAAACCACCAAGUCCACUGUCUUUGCAACAGGGAGGUGGCGUAGGUUUGCUGCAAAGCCCGCCUUUUGGCAUGGAUAAUCUGCUGGCCUCCGGUUCGGAAGGUGCAGCGGCCGAUGCUUCACUAAAAGAUCAUACUUUAGCGGAUAUAUCUGACGAUUAUUCCGAGAUGGAUGAGCCGCCUGCCCAAGCAAGUAUACCUCUGGCUACGACAGUCUGGGUUACGGAUGCUGAGCUGGAACAUGACACACGACUUACCAAGCAAACUAGUUUGGUCGACAGUUGUACUAACGGGCUAACUGAUGCUCAGACGAAAAAGGUAAAGCCAUCCGCGUUCAGAGAUUUUUCCGCUACCACACCUGAUGCAACGCAGUCAUCCCGACCGGUUCGAAAGAGCGUCCAGGAACUCUACGGCCAACCCAGCUGGUGGGGUGACGGCGACGAUAGUUACUCUUAUCCACACACUUCCAUGUUGUCUCCGAAGGCGAACAGUAAAAGUUCACCAAAGAAAACUGCUCCGGAACCUGCUUCUGAGCCAUACACCGAACCAACAUCGGUGUCUGUAAGCCAGUCUGAACGUCCACGGGCUGAAUCCUUUGUGAUCGAUUUUGGUCCUUCCAAGGCUGCUGGCGACAAACCCUCUUCUACCUCCGGUAGUCUUAGUCAAUGCAUUCCUGACAGGUUACGUCGCGGAUUUGACGAGCGCGAACGAGAGAGGCAGCAGGAGAAACUGCGACGUCAGGCAGCGAACGAAGCGUCGAAGCCCGUUACAACCAAACUGACGCGUGGCCAGUCCCUGAAAACUACGAGAGCUUCAAAUGGUACUACGAGCAACGGGGCUGCCACUCGUGCUAUCACCAGUGCUCGAGCUAGUCGUCCAGUAUCCGGUACUCUUAGAAAUGACUCGCGAAUAGUCAAGUCAGCCGGGCCUACACGGAGUGCGUUGACGACGGCGGCGACCUCAAAAAUACCGGCAUCGCGUCCCACAACUGGGAACUACGUUCCACGCUGUGCUCAGACUGUGACCGAACGCACCGCUACUGCACGGCGCACGAUGACCGCAUCAUCCAGUCCGGCCUCUCCUGUAUCAAAAAAACCUAUUUCAUACAUUUCUAUGAGUGUUACUCCAAGUGUUACCAGCACUCCCGUCACCAAAUGGCGCUCGAACACGGCCGAAACCCCGAGAUCAAGCGUGACUAGCCGUGGUCCUCGAAAACCCUCCGAGUCUGCUACAGAACCUCCCAGCAUCUCAUCCGCUCGAACACUGAGUAGGCGGGGUCCCGGACCAGCGACCAACCCUGGAAACUUCCGGCGCAAUGUCCCUCCUAGUCAGAGUAGACCGUCCCUACAGUCGGCGCCUCUUGUCAGCAUUCCACAAACAACUAGACGUGGUAUCGCGACGACAUCAGCAUCGGUGGGGGCGCCAGCAGUGUCACAAAAGUCAUCUGUGCGUGCACCUGUGAAGGGAGCCUCUGUAAACCGUGUGGGUCCGGAGAACACACGUCGCUUCAUGUCAGCCACUGCCAGUUCGGGUGCUAAACGGGUGACGAUUAACGAAACUCUAAACAACCGUCCUUCUCAAACUCCAUCUGCUGUCCCAAAUAGUGCGAAAAAGCCUGUGACUAGCAUGAAACUUCGCCGUCCGCCAUCCAAUGCUGCAAACGCAACCACCACAAACCCUUGUUCGAUUCCAUUUAGUCGGGCCCACGCAAGACGCCAAACGUUCCCGAGGGGUUCCGAACUAACAGCACUGGUUAUGGCCACGAUUGAUUCCUAUGAGGAUCCGAAAGAAUAUCUGUUAUAUCGUAUGCUUCAAGGGACAGAUCUAACUAAGGCCGCCCCCAGUACGGACGAUGUUUUCAGAUCGUUCAGGUCACGUUCACCUUCCCUCUCAAAACCUCGUGUUACCGUUGUAAAUAUCGAUCCAGAUUCUGAUCUUGCGUUAACUUCAAAGGCUGUCAACCCGAAUGGGAUGUCUCAACGUGUCCAACAGCAUCCAACUUCAGUGGUGAACGGGAGCAAAACUGGAAAAGAAUACCCCGAUCUUACCCAACAGUCUCCAUCGUCGACAACCGGUCAAGCUGCCCCUCUUCAAAAUAACUCAUGCAGCGAGAAUGUUUCGGUAGUGGAUCCUAAAGCAACCACACCCAUGCUUUCUUCGACUUCACCAGUACAACAGCGGCGGUUGUUUAAGUCGGCCAUGGAAGAUUGUUUGCCUGAAUCUACGGCAGACCCAUUGAGUAGCUCUAUGCUCGUGAGCAGUUCCAUCACAAGCCUCGCUCCAAGCUGUGCAGGAACCUAUAUUCUUGAUGCAAGCGAGACGCUGGCCAGUAAGGGUCUGCUUGGAAACUUCGCUUCUGACAUUUCUGCCCAGGUUGGUAGCGUUCCUCGCCUGCCCAGCAUUACAGAACCGGAUUCACUCACUCCGCGUGGAAGUCCGGUUGAGAUGUUCGAUGUCGCAAGGAGUCAUAGACGAGAGACAGAUUACCAACAAAUGUCCAUACCCUCCAUUGACCAGCGUCCACGGUCGGUAGGAAAAGCAUCAAUGGAACCGGUGACCCACGCGAAAAUACAGGAACGGGCUCAGAAAUCUUAUACAAUGGAGGAGCACUCCAAUGCUGCUUUUGGACACUGUCCUUCAUUUAGGCCUCCGAUUAACGUGGAUAGUCAUAAUUCAUUGGGUGACUCGUCUGGGCGACAUCUGAAUGCGUCUAACUCUUCGUGGAUCGAGGUCUGUAAAGAUGACACGGAACUUCACCAAACGGACGCUCCACUCACUUCUUGUUCGGAAGCCUUUGAUGGUGAUAUGCUCGUCAGGGCAUCGGUAACCAGCUUGGCUCCAAGCUGUGCAGCCACCUACGUCCUAGAUGUAGAUGAGACACUCGCUGCACAGGGACAUUUACCAGCGAUCGUCCAAAGCCGUGAAGAUUUGCUUUCGCCAACCGAGCGACGCGCGCUUCUCGCUCGUUCCAGAUCAGAGGAUUGCACCACAACAACGAAGGCGUGCUCAGCGAAUAAUGGUCAGGAUGUACUCUGGGAUGUGCUGGAAACCGAGGAAUGCGUGGAAGAUCUAGGGUCAUCAGGAUUUGAUGGUCAACUUUCCCAUAUGCAACAGGUCGUAGACCAAUACCAAAACAAGUUCAUUCCAGGACGGACAGCCAAACUGAUGGCAAACGAAGAUGUGGAUGCAUUCCGUCUGCUUCCUCAACCUGUAUGUUCACAACUACCGAUUGAAAUUGACUCGUCUCGCACAGACUUCGAAGCGCGGCUGCAAAGAAUGUCCGGUACUCCCACCCCUCUUGAUCAUGAUACUCCCGUGACUGGCUCUUGGCGUCAGCGACAAAGCAAUAUUAUCAUCUCUCGGUCCACUAGGCCAUCUGACAGCCUGCCAACGUAUGUAGGAACCACGCAACCCAGUGGUGGUGACGCCGCACCACUUAAUGUCCAGUUGCCGACUUCUGCGCCGUCUGUUCCCAGGGAUAAUGCCAUGUUCCGUCAAGCACCCAUUCGCCCAGGCUAUGCCCCCGUUGCUCUUAAGCGACCUGAACGAAGUUCGUCAACUUCUGACUCUUCUCCCUCAACCUCGCUGUCCGUUCCAUCCGGUACAAACAGACAGGAGGUCCCAGGAGAAUAUGUUCCCACGUCUUCACCUGUUGUAAAGCAGGACCAUCCGUCAUCCAGUUUUGUCCAUCCUUUGGCGGACAUCCAUGAUUGCUAUCGAGCUCUUCAAGACUCAGUGAAUUUCCUCAUACAGAGUCACAGUGGGUCGUUGCCUUUAGGUGAAACGGACCAGUCCGAACAGUUCAUCGAGUAUGGGGGUCCGACGAAUCCUACGCGACAGUCCGACUACCGAGCCGGUGGACUACACUACACACAGCAGCCCCUUUUGGUAGCCCAUCCACCGGUCCAACGAGUCCCUUCAGCUGCGGUUUGGCCAUCCGAAAUAUCGUGCCUGAUUGACGAGUCGCGCAGGUUGCUCUCAAAGCGUAAUCGGUUAGACGGGAGACAGCGGAGUACAGCCAGUUUGGAUUCAGCCCUCGAGAAGUAUGAAGAGGCCAUGGCGGAGCCUGUUCAAACCAACCGUGGAAGCCUCAGAUAUCGUCGUUCGGUGAUCACCGCCAUUCAACGCCAUUCAUUUCUAUCAGAAAAACCGCAUGAAGUUAGAACUGGUUUGGUGAACCCAAACUCACUUGCUGUGGGAGAUGGCGACGGGAGAAAAGUUUCGACCUGUAGUUCCUUGGGAAGAUCGGCAGUUCAGGAUGUUACUAGUUUCGGAACCUCUCUCAAUGCGGCCAACGGGUGUCAUCUAAAAUCUCGCACGGGUUCCUCCUCUGUACCGGAACCGGCUUCACCAACGAACUCCAGUUUGCUGCAGUCUGUCCCAAGGGACGUGUGGGCACAGGACCAUGGUGUUCCGUUUCCGUAUGGGACUGAGACAUUCACUAGAACGCGCGUGGGCCAACCAUCCCUUAACCGAGUGCGAACAGUCUCGGGUGAUAAGAACAUUCUUUAUAAUGAUCCCAACCUACACAUCCCUUGCCAGCCCGUUCUGAACAGAGCAACCCCAAACGACCCAGUUAUGGCUGAUGAAGUCAUUGGAGGAUCGCAGGAAAUCGACUCCCGGACUUUCACCAGACGUAAAAAUACACCAAAGCCAGUCCCUGUUGUGGAUUCCGAAGCAUACAAUGCCUGGAUUACAAGCAUUUCUGCGAUCUCGCAAGGAAUUGACAGUCUGACUAAAACUUCGCUCUUGCGGUCACAAAAUGGUAAGGAGUUCACAAGCAUCGAUCACCGGUCUCCAUCAACCGCCUACUGCCUUCCUGAGAAAACCACUUCUGAUUUGCCGGAUAGUACGACCGGCCCAGCCGUCAACGAACCGGUGAGGUCAGCUUUCGUGACACCAAUUCCGCUCCGUUCUGGCGCAAGGAAUCAAAGACUAUCUGCCCCACACAACCCAUCUUACAACUUAGGUGGCACGGCAGAAGCGUUUGACCAAACGUACAAAACAGAAAUGGAUACAUCCGAAACGUCUGGCGUUCCUGCAAGCUUUCGGACGGAACUGGGAGAUUCGAACGAUUCCGCGAUGUACUACUCUUUGAUGGUUGACUCGAUUCGGCAAUUGUCUUUCAAGUUACGCGAAUGUUCCGACCGAUUGGUGAGGCAAGUCAGUUCACAACAAUCCAACGUGACGGUACAAGCUCGAGCGGAUGGUCGCGGCUCCAGAACAAGUUCCACAGAUAGUGUGCCAACAUCUACCAAGUACGCACUGAACGACGCGUUGGAGAACAUGCAUACUAUCAAUGAACAACUGAAAAAUAAAUUGCUUUUUUCAACGCAACCGAUCAGCCGAUCACGUUCGGACGAUAGCUAUCAGCGCCAAACAUCCCUCCCAAAGCGUGACCACUUCCAGUUUGUGCCGAUAGAUCAGGACAGACACAUUAGCUCGGGUCAACAGGCGCGGCCCACAACCGACGCUCACGUGGCAACUAGUGGGCCCACCGACACGACAACGAUAACGACAAAUAAGUCAGUCGGACGACUCGUCCCGUCGAACAAUGCGCCGAAAGCUACAUCACCCAGUAAACCAGCGGAACCUUCAGCCAAAUGGGAGCAGUCCAGGCAAUCAGAUGUGCCCACCCAGAAAGUGCAAUACAAUCCGGUCUGUUCCGGUGCGCCAACCAAUGCCAUCAAUGAAGAAGACGAGGAAUACUACUGA